AUGGCGGAUUUGGAUGACUUAUUUCAUUUAGAUCAAUACAUAGGUCCAGAAUCACUUGCAGAACUUUGUUUCCAAGUGAUCUGCAAAAAUUUGGACAUCAUUUCAGUUAAGGAUAAGCGUGGCUAUCGAAAUCUCUCAAAAGGACUAAUUUUCCCAAGUGAAAUAUGCGAUAAACUUAUUGAAUAUGUUUUACGGAAUGAUCCACAUAAAGAACAUGAUUGUUUCAUUACAAUAUUUCAAAAUGUAUCAACGACUAAACUUAAACGUAUCAAAAUUGUGAGAUCCAAAAUAACUGAUUAUGCAGUGCAGAUUAUUACUAAUCAUAAGCCUGUUGAAUUAGAACUUACUGAUUGUCCUCGUUUAACAGAGCGUUCUAUUAAAUAUAUCAAUGCAAAUGCAGAAAACUUACAAAGCUUAAUAUGUCAUGGAACUUCUGUAAUCAUUCCAGAAGAAAUUACAGCUUAUCAAAAACGUGGAUAUGUGUUUAAAGCACCAAACUUACGUACUUUGGCUUUAGAAUAUGUUACAAUUUAUGCCUCAGAAUAUAAUAUACUUCUGGCUGGUUUAACAAAUCUGAAAAAUUUGGAUUUGUCUAAUAGUUUUAAUGUGGACAAUUUUGAUUUUUAUCAUUUGAUACCUAAUCUAGUAUCUCUAGUUUUAUAUAAUGUUAAUAUUCAACCACAAGCUUUAGUAAACAUUUGUCAUUUAAAAAAUUUAAGGCAUUUGGAUAUUUCUCAAUCUAAUCCCCAGCAGGGAAUAUUUGAAAAUCCAAAUACAGUCUUAACAGACAUUGUGAAUGGCUUGCCACAACUAACUUCUUUAGAUAUCAGUGGUACAAAUUUAGCAGGAAUACAAAUAGUGGAUCGUGGAAUACAAGCAGUUGAGCAUUCUUUCUACUCUGAAUUUGAUGACAUGGCUAAUAAUGAUCUUUGUGAUAUACCAGGUCUUGCUUCCAGAAUAAAUAGACCUUUACAAUUUUUAGGAUUAUAUGGAACAAGUGAUGGAGCUUGUAGACGACGAAAUAUUCCAGCAAAAUUGAUAGCAGGAAAUGCAAAUGAAGAUCAAAUAUUGGUUGCAGCUCAUGUUUGUAUGAAUAAUAAACAAGAGUUACUACAAAAAGUAUUGAAUGAUCUUUAUCAUGUGUACAGAUAUGAAAAUUGUCAUAGAAUGGAUCAAGCGCUUUGUGCAAUAUUAGAAGCAAUGGAAAAACAUCCUCUUCAGAAACACAUCCAAAUAUCUGGAAGUGCAACACUAUUUUACAUUGUAAAAAUGAAAGAGAAAGGGGAACUCGAGCAACGUUUAAAAGAAAGAAUUGUUCGUACGCUUCUUGUUGGAAUGAGUAUUCAUAAAAAUGACGAAACUAUGAUGCGUAAUGGUUGUUUAGCGUUAUGUCAAUUUCGCUUACCGCAGGAUGUGAUGUCGAAUUAUAAAGCUUUGGUCGAACUUCUUUUGCAUUCGGCUAAGCAUGCAGAACAAGAAAGUUAUGUACAACGUAUUGGAAUAUUUCUUUUAAAUACCUUGGCAUGUCGGGUGACAGGAAGAGAGAAACGUUUAUUAGGCAAUUUAGGUUGCAUCAAAACAAUGCUUGAAUUAAUAAGAUAUAGAGUAGAAUCUGGUACAUUUGAUGAUGUAUUGGAAGUAGCAUGGUCCACUAUGUGGAAUGUAACUGAUGAAACUCCUGUAAAUUGUCAACGAUUUUUUUUCGAAGAUGGAAUGUCCCUAUUUCUCAAAUGUGUAAAGCAAUAUCCUCAUAAAGAAGAAUUAUUAAAAAAUAUGAUGGGGUUACUUGGUAAUGUUGCCGAAGUACAAUAUCUCAGAGUACAUUUUAUGCAACAGCCGUAUAUGAACGUUUUUGCAAAUUUACUUCUUACUGUCAGUGAAGGCAUUGAGGUACCAUAUAAUGCCGUUGGUAUAUUAGCUCAUAUAGCUUCGGAUGGCCCGGAAGCAUGGACAAUCGAAAAACCUAGUCGAAAUGAGGUGCUUGAACUUAUGGUUGAAGCUAUCGAACGAUGGGAUAUAUCAUCAGAACGCAAUAUUAAUUAUCGUUCAUUUCUACCAUUAUUACGUUUAUUAGACAUAUAUCAUACACCACAGUGUCAACAUUGGGCAGUUUGGGCACUUGCUAAUCUUACAACUGUUUAUCCUCAUAAAUAUUGCAUAUUGGUUAUACGAGAAAAUGGUCUUGAAAAAUUGGAAACCUUAAUGUCAGAUCCAAGACCAUAUGAGCGUAUAAAAGAGCUAGCACAUAUUGUAGUUGAAAAUUGUUGUCACUAUAGUAAUAAUACUAGUGAUUUAAAUGCUCAUUCACCUUUAGAUGGAGACUAUAAUUUAGACGAUUGAAAAUCAUUUAUAUGAUUAUAAUUCAAACGUAACAUCGUCAAAAGUAGGAUAUUUUAUAACUAUAAUAAAGUCUUCUAAGUAAUAGUGUGAGUAAGAUUAUAAUAACAAUAUACUGAAAUAUGUGUACGUUUAUUUGCCAAAUUGUAAAUUUCAGAUUAAAUGCUCAAAGAGUCCUACUCACACUUUCAUAUAAAAAUUUCAUUACAUAGUUUAUUAAUUACGUGUUAUAAAGUAUUUCUAAAGUAUGCGUAAAAUUAUUAAUGUAUUAAUAAUAUUAAUGAGGAAAUAUUAAUUAUCAAAGUAUUUUUGAUGUUCAUUAUCAAUCUUUCUAAACAAUAUUUAAAGUUACAUAUUUUUUGUUUAUGUAAAUAGUUAUGCUGUAUUAUAAACAAGAAAAAAUUAGAACUAAAAUAAAAUUAUAUUUCCCUAUUUCAAAUAGCAGCAAUUAAUUAAAGUUUGAUAUUUAAAGUUUAUGUUUCGUACAUCUGUAUGUAUUCUGUGUAGAUAUUUGUAUCAUAAAUAACUGUUUCAGUUGCCAUUAAAUUUUAUUUAGUGACAAAAGCUUUUAAAUAAAGGAAUACGUUAAGCUGUUAUGUAAAUAGAACUAAAAUAACGAAAUAAGAUGAAUUAGGUUUACGAAUUUGUACAUCUCUAUUAUUAAAAUCGAAAUUCUUUAACUUAAUGAUAAUAUUAUUAAAUAAAAAUAAAUGUUAAAAUGAACAUUAUCAUUUACCAUCAAUUUAUAAAAUUUAGUUACUGAUUUAAAAGAUACUUUAACAUAGCAAUUGUGUGAACUGUUCUCUAAACGAUUGUUAUCAUAAUCAUUAUGUAACAUUAACGUACACGUGUAAUAAAUUACAAAAAAUUCUGAUCUGUUUAAUGUAUAACAUAAACUCAUGCAUACAAAAUUGAA